GGAAGCUGGGUGAAGAUGGCGACAGUGAAGAAGGCGCCACUGUGGAGACUGGUGGGCUUGGCGUCCCUCCGGGCUGGUAAUGUACAGCAGAGGCUCAACAUACCUUUUGGAGGGAUAUUCAACUUGCAGGGACCUUCCAACCUAGCCUAUUGACAUCCAUUAGUCUCUAGGAAGCUUUACUGGCUAAAAUCAAAGCCAAUUCAGGUUAGCACUUCAUCUGUGGGUACUUUCCCAAAGCAAGUGAAAAUUGUGGAAGUUGGUCCCCGAGACGGACUACAAAAUGAAAAGAAUAUUAUACCUACUCCAAUGAAAAUCAAACUGAUAGACAUGCUUUCCGAAGCAGGACUCCCUGUUAUAGAAGCCACCAGCUUUGUGUCUCCCAAAUGGGUUCCCCAGUGUCUCCUUUGGCUCUCAGAUGGCUGACCACGCUGAAGUCAUGAAGGGCAUCCAGAAAUUUCCCGGCAUCAGCUACCCAGUGCUGACCCCAAAUUUCAAAGGCUUCCAGGCAGCGGUUGCUGCCGGAGCCAAGGAAGUGGCUGUCUUUGGAGCUGCCUCCGAGCUCUUCAGCAAGAAGAACAUCAACUGCUCCAUAGAUGAGAGUGUGCAGCGGUUUGACGAAAUCUUGAAGGCAGCUCGGGCAGCCAGUAUCCCUGUGCGGGGGUACGUCUCCUGUGUGCUCGGAUGCCCCUACGAAGGGAAGAUCUCCCCGGCUAAAGUAGCUGAGGUUGCCAAGAAGAUGUACUCGGUGGGCUGCUAUGAGAUCUCUCUGGGAGACACCAUUGGCGUGGGCACCCCUGGGACCAUGAAGGAUAUGCUGUCCGCUGUCAUGCAUGAGGUGCCAGUGGCUGCCCUGGCUGUCCACUGCCAUGACACCUAUGGCCAGGCCCUGGCCAACACCUUGAUGGCCCUGCAGAUGGGAGUGAGUGUCGUGGACUCUUCUGUGGCGGGACUGGGAGGCUGUCCCUAUGCACACGGAGCAUCAGGAAACUUGGCCACCGAGGACCUGGUCUACAUGCUGGCCGGCUUGGGCGUUCACACGGGUGUGAACCUCCAGAAGCUCCUGGAAGCUGGGGCCUUUAUCUGUCAAGCCCUGAACAGAAGAACCAGCUCCAAAGUGGCUCAGGCUACCUGUAAACUGUGAGCCCCUUGCCCCCCAAAGCCCUGGGGACUGUGUGGGAAUAGGGACAUGUGUGGAUGACUCACAGAUGGGCAUGUGGAAAUGGGAAUGAAAUCAACAGGAGUAGGCACCUCACUGCCAGCUCUGCACCUAGAUCUCUCCUGGCGGAAAGGAGGUGGACUGGAGUUGCCUGGCCUCAGGCCCUCCCUGCCUGACCUGAGUAUGAGUAAGAGACUUGGGCAGCUGGAGGUCUCCCUUCACCAUGGACCCAAAGGCCCAGGAGUUGGAUGCCUAAAGGCACUUGGGAACCCAAUUCUCUGACUUGGGUUGAUCCUCAAGUCUCAUCUCUGGGUGAAUCCUGCCAGUUGGCCACUCUGCACAGCCUGAUGCUGCCAUAUCCUCGGGGCCAUCGCUCACUGACUUUGUAGGGCAAAGGGGCAGGGAGGAAUUUUUCCCUCAACUGGCAGAGGGCAUUUGGUGAAGGGGUGAGGGCUGAGCUGUGGUGGCCACCUGCCAACUCCAGCACCUCUGGAAAAUCUCCACUUUGAACAUGAUUGUUGAAAGCAGCUUAUGUAAUUAAAGGUUUAAUGACAUAACCAUUCCAGUGUUCUGUUGUACAGAUGUGUGUACAUAGGGAAGAGAGAAUAAAGCAUCGUUUCAACAUUUCCUCUAAGAGGAAAA